AACUAGUUAACCGCUUUCUUCCCAAGCGCGAACAGGAUCUUCUUUUAUAGCCUCUCCAGUCCUCGUCUCUCCUCUUUAGCCCACGUACACCCUGCUCCUCUCCUUCCAACACCCACCAAUGUUACUACGCCUCCUCGCGCUGAUCUUUGCCGCCGUCUUGGCGGCGUCCUCGAGCUCCAUCGAUGCCCGUGCUAUCCACCCUAUCUUCCUCCCCUUCGGCGACAAUGGCCGUCGCCUGAUCGGCAUCCAGAGGUGCGAAGAAUGCUUCGGCAUAUGUCACGAGGUGCACUACAGGACGCUGUGUAGCACGCUGGCGACGCUGCCCGGGGUGACGACCCCGCAGCAGCUCCUGGACACGGCCCUGCGGGUGACGGCGGCCAAGUCGGCGAUGGCGGAGAUGCGGCUGGACGAGGCGAUGAGGGCAGGCCUGGGCAACACCAUCCCGAUGAUGUCGUCGCUGCAGUCGUGCAGGGACAGCUACGCGUCGCUGACGGACGCACUGGGGAAGUCGCGGGCGACGCUCAAGAAGGGGGGCAGCCGCGACGACCUCAUGUCGGAGCUGUCUGCGGCCAGCACCUACUCCACCGACUGCCGGGACAUCUUCGGCGAGCGCCCGGGGCUCAAGUCGCCGAUACGCGGCGCGCAGCGCCACAUCACGCGCCUCGUCAGCAACUGCCUCGACCUGGCUACCGCCAUCAGGCAGCCCUGAGCGGUGGAUCCGACGAUGCAGGCCAGCUUCCGGUUCUGUGCACCUGACGUUUCUUGGAUACCAUUCAGAUUUUGGCAUGUGGUAGUUUUAUUAUUUUCCGUAUUACGUGUAUUUUAGUGUAGUGUGUAGAUUUGUCAUCUAGGAUGGGUAUUGCGUUUCAUAGAUAACCUGUGGAUAGAGAAAAAAUGUCUUUAGUUGACGCCGGUCUAUUCUGUACUCAGAACAAGUUAUGUUUGUCGGAAUGGAUCUUC